CGUCCCUCCCUGCGCAGGGAGGAGCGGCGGCGGCAGCGACAGGACGGCCGACGGAGCGGCUCGAGGCCCCACGCCCUCGAGGACGACUUAGGGCCUGAGCGAGCCGCCGCCCCCGCGCUGCCCCCUCGGGCGAGGACGCGGAACGAGAUGGCUCAGCCCCCGCCGUCGCAAGGGCACGAGGCUCCUGCAGCAGGAGGCGCGGCCCGUCACUCCGGCCGGGAGGCGCAGAGCCCGUCGCGCGCCGAAAAUCAACACAGCCAAGAAGUGAUCAACAUGGAGUGGAUGAGAGCCAACCUGUCCUCUCUGUGGGUCGUGGUGCGCGAAUUGUCCAGGCAGCAUGCCCGCUUCGUCGGCCAUCGAGGCCACGUCGGGCGUGGCCGUGGCCACGGCUCCGUGGGACCAGUCAUAAGCGAGGGCCAUCCUUCGUGCCCCGUGAGUGACGACGACUGUAGGAUGGAAGGAAGUGAGGUCUGCGGAGGCCACGGGGAGUGCUCCUGCGGCCACUGCCUCUGCCACCCGGGAUUCUAUGGGACUUACUGCCAGUGUAGCGACCACACGUGCCCGCUCUACGACGGGAUGAAAUGCGGCGGCCCCACCCGAGGCCAGUGCCGCUGCGGGGGCUGCGUGUGCCGCCCUGGCUACACCGGAGAGGCCUGCGACUGCCCGACGGACACCCUCGGCUGCGUCGGCUCAGCGAACGGCACCAUCUGCUCGGCCCAAGGAACGUGCGAGUGUGGCCGCUGCCGAUGCGACGAUGGGUACAAAGGCAUGUACUGCGAAGAUACAGUAUAUGCAGCUGGUGUCUGUGAAAAGCUUAAACCCUGUGUCCUUUGCAAAGCCUGGAAUCGGGACUUGCUGAUUUGUGCUGACUGUCAGAUCACGAUUACGAUGGUAGAUAAUCUAGAACCUGCAAAGAACACCUGCGUGAUGGUUAACUCAGGAUGCCUCUUAAAGUACUCCUAUAUACCACAAGGACCCGAUGCUUACACCGUCCUUGUGCCCCGGGAUAUGCAAUGCCCCCCAAAAAGCGAAGAGGAGUGAAUCGAGGCAGAAGCUCUCUGAAGACUGAUGAAUGGGAAUCUGUUUGAUGUCAAGAUUUCCCUACAAGAGUCACCCAUUUUCCCUCGGUCUUAUUUUUACCUUGUCAAUGAAGAGGCACUAUGAUGACUGUUUAAUGCAGAUCUGUAAUUUCAGUGCAAUGAUAUAUAUUUUUUCAUUUCGGUUUAGCCUAUUUGUGAAUUAUUCUAUACAGCUUUUUUGCCUGACAAUACAAAUGUCUUUAUUUUUAUUAGAUAUAGUAUUAUAAACUAGUAUAUUUU